UUAACACCCAGCUGGUGAAACAACUAGACCACCAUUUAGUUAUUGUAUAAAUUAUCCAUGAACAGAACUUUGCUGUGCUACUUUUGCUAGCGUGCUAAGCUAACUAGCCACCUUGUCACUUAACGUUACCGACAGAUGAUUUGCAUGAGCACUUAUAGUCCCUGCUGACAUUUACCUCAAACUCUCAUGUCUAUUGACACAGCUAGACCAUUCAUAUUGUAAUGUUUGGUUCAGUGUCAUGGCCAUAUGCCAAUGUUAUAACUCUAUAUUACUAGACUGUCAAUAGGCGAAAUGCCUCAACGUUAGAUGUCAUAAGUGUCUGUUAAUGGGGUGUGUUUCAUGUUUUUUUGUGGAGGUAAGGGGUCUGUUCAUUCAUUCUUUUGUUAACUUUGUAUCAGGGUUAACUGUUACUUCAUAAUAGAAACAAAUUAACAUAAAGACAUGAGGUUACUGAUAAUGUCACUUGUUAAUAUUGAGGAUUCAAUAAUAAUUACUUUACACUCCUUCUAAGUCAGUACACAUUUUAGGGAUUCAUAGUGGUAGCUGGUUUUUAAAUGUGUAUCCUGUACACUUCAGGUUUGCACAGACUUAGAAGUUCAGUCCAUGUUUAAUUUGAAUUUCUAAUUCAAUCAAGCUGACACUUAUCAGUUGUACAUAUGCAGUAAACUUUAAACUCACAAUGUUUCUGUGCCAGGGACAUGCUGAUAUGAGGCCGGAUGAGGGAAGUGGACCUCAUCACUUUCUCAGGACCCGAGGACAGAGAGUUAAACUAGAGGUCUCUUUUGCUGACAUGGAGCCAAAGACCAGCUCCCCUGUGAAUGAAGCCAACACUGUAGAAGGAUGCCUCAGGAAGUCUUCCAGGCUGCAGAGAGAGGGGAAAACAUCCAGUGACAAGCAGCAAGCAGAUGUUCCAGAUAAGGUGGAGGGCUCAUCCACUCCCAAGAGGAGUCGAUUUGAUCUACAGAGCCGAGAAGAGGAGGAGGAAGAGGAUCGCUCAGUGCGACGUAGUUCCCGAAUCACCAGAUACAAACUGGAUUCCCGUAACCAGUCAGUGCUCUACGACCGCCUCAUCACCAACACUGCUGAAGCUGUUCUCCAGAAGAUGGACGACAUGCAGAAGAUGAGACGCAGAAAGAGGAGCAGAGAUAGGGACAAUGAAGAAGAGCAGCUCGGUAUGUACACCAGGGCCAGAAUGACCAGGUCUCUGAGGAAAGAUGUGGAGACUAAAGACACCAAGGAAGAGAACCACGGAGGGGAUGAGGAGGAUCACAACAAAGAGGAGGGGGAAGAUGUACAAGAAGAAAAUGAUGAGGAGGAAGGGGAGGAGGAAGAAGAUGGGGAUGGCGAGGACGAGGAAGAAGAAAAUCAGAGGCGUUAUGACUUCAGACAGCGAAAGACUGUGGUUCGCUACCAGGCCCCACAGGAUGAGCCCAGGAAGCGCAGCAUGUACUUCGAGGACCACUCGUCUCCUACCAGACGCAGGUUUAGAUUCAGCUCCACGGCCCCCAGGAGCCCCUACACCAGGAGAAGAACCAACAGGAAUAGUUCUGAGAGAAGAAGACACGCCAUCCACAGUAGUGACUCUACUUCUUCAUCUUCAGACGAUGAGAAAUUCCAGAGACGGAGAAGUAAGAACAGGAGCUUAUCAGUCAACAGAUGUCUGCCGAUGAACCUUGUGAAAGACGACCUGCUGGGUAUCCACAAGGACAGGAUGAAGAUUGGAGCCAGCCUCGCUGAUGUGGACCCCAUGCUCAUCGACAAGACGGUGCGGUUUGAAAGCAUUGGAGGUUUGAGCAAACACAUCUCAGCGCUGAAGGAAAUGGUGGUGUUCCCUCUCCUCUACCCAGAAGUCUUUGAGAGGUUCAAGAUACAGCCUCCCAGGGGCUGUCUAUUUUACGGUCCUCCAGGCACAGGGAAAACCCUCGUAGCCAGAGCGCUGGCCAAUGAGUGCAGUCAGGGCGAAAGAAAGGUGUCCUUCUUCAUGAGGAAAGGAGCUGACUGCCUCAGUAAGUGGGUGGGAGAAUCUGAGAGACAGCUGCGACUGCUUUUCGACCAGGCGUACCAGAUGCGUCCGUCCAUCAUCUUCUUUGAUGAGAUUGAUGGUUUGGCUCCAGUCAGAUCGAGUCGCCAGGACCAGAUCCACAGUUCCAUUGUGUCGACCCUGUUGGCUCUUAUGGAUGGACUAGAUUGUAGAGGAGAGGUUGUUGUGAUAGGAGCUACAAACAGACUGGACUCCAUCGACCCCGCACUGAGAAGACCGGGGCGCUUCGACAGAGAGUUCCUCUUCGGCCUGCCAGACAGAGAGGCGAGAAGGGACAUUCUGAAGAUCAACACCAGACAGUGGACUCCACCGCCCUCCGACACCUUUCUGGAAGAAUUGGCAGAUGCAUGUGUUGGUUACUGCGGAGCAGACAUUAAGGCAGUUUGUUCAGAGGCUGCCCUGUGUGCAUUGCGGCGUCGCUACCCACAAAUCUACUUCUCAUCACAGAAACUUGUGCUUGAUGUCAACUCCAUCGCUAUCACAAGCAAAGACUUUAUGUCCGCCAUGUCCAAGAUGGUGCCUGCUGCCCAGAGGGCAGUAGUGUCACCAGCCAAGGCCCUGAUACCUGCCAUUCAUCCUCUGCUGAGCGCCACCCUACAGAACAUCCUCCAGACUGUCAUCAGACUGUUCCCGCAUGCUGAGCAGGGCUUAAAGAGGAAGAGAGAACGAGGUGCGGCCGGUCGAGUGUCUGAGGAUGAUCUGAUGUUCAGUGAGGAGGAGGACUCAGAAGUCUGCUCCAGUGGACAGACCUCUCACUCCCAACUCCAAACACCUGCUGUUAAGGGACUCCUCAGCCUCAACGGGAGUGUGCUGAACCACCCAACCUCCUACCGUCCCAGGCUGCUGUUGGAGGGCAGACUAGGUUCAGGUCAGAGCUCCCACCUGGCUCCUGCUGUCCUCCACGCUCUGGAGAAGUUCACUGUGUACACAUUGGACAUGGCCGUGCUGUUUGGAGCCAGCGCAACUGCACCGGAAGAGACUUGUGCUCAGAUCUUUGUUGAAGCAAAGCGGACCUCUCCCAGCAUCCUGUACAUCCCUCACAUCGGACAGUGGUGGGAAACAGUGGGUCCGGCCUUAAGAGCCACCUUCCUCAGCCUGCUCAGCUCCAUCCCUCCCUUCACUCCUAUACUGCUUCUGGCUACGUGCAACCUGGAGUAUGACCAACUCAGUAUGGAGGUGCAGGAGUUGUUUCGGGUGGAGUAUGGAGAGGUUUUCCACGUCCAGGUCCCCACCAGCAGAGAAAGAAAAAACUUCUUUGAGGAUCUAAUCCUCAAUCAGGCGGCCAAGGCCCCUGCAUCAAAAAAGAAAGCUGUACUCAAUGCAUUGGAGGUGCUUCCUGUCGCCGCUCCACCUCCCCCACGUCAGCUGACAGAAGAGGAGACCCGGAGACUGGAGGAGCAUGAAGAAGACACCCUCAGGGAUCUCCGCCUCUUCCUGCGGGAUGUCACCAACCGCCUGUCAUUGGACAAACGUUUCAAGGCUUUUACAAAGCCUGUGGUUUUAGAGGAGGUGCCAGAUUACGCUGAGGUGAUCAAGACGCCCAUGGACCUGUCAACGGUUCUCUCUAAGAUCGACCUCCAUCAGUAUGGGACGGUGAAAGAGUUCCUCCAUGACGUGGAUCUCAUCUGGCAGAAUGCCCUCGAAUACAACCCAGACAAGGUCCCCUCAGACCGCCAGAUCCGCCACAGAGCAUGUGCAUUGAAGGACACCGUCCAUGCCAUCAUCAAAGAUGAACUGGAUGAAGAUUUUGAGAAGAUUUGUGUGGAGACCAAAGCGUCACGCAGCACAAGAGAGUGCUCCACUGCCCAGUUUGCUCCCUCCUUCUACCACGUCCUUCCCAAGAUCACUGACAUAACCCCGCAAAGAGAGCCGGCUAGACCCACCGCUACGGUCACUCCCAACACAAGUGCCUCUGCUGUUACAAAGCCUAAAAACACAACCCAGAAGAAGAAAAGGCGAAAGAGUCGUUGGUCUACUGGCUUAUAUCCAAAGAAGAAGUCAUCCUGCUCUCCUCACAUGUCCAGAGAUGAAGCACACGUGGGGUCUGAUGAGGAAGAUGGGGACGACGAGGACGAGGAGGUUGAGCAGGGAGGAGGAGCAGAGUGUGACGAGGGGACUGGAGGAGAGGAGGAUCAGAUGGUGGUUGAUAUAGAGUCGGGGCCUUCACCGGCCCAGGAAGGUAGCUUUGGGCCCACUGUGAAGGAACGGGACAGUCGAGCUGCUGAUGAUAUGCUUACCCAGUGUGACACGGGGAAAGCAGAAAAUGACGACCAGACACAGAAUGAAAUAGAAAGGGUGGAUGAAGUUGUCACAGAUCAACCAGGACAGUCGGAGGAAAACAAAAUGUUGACAAAGGCACGAAAUGACAACGGUGAAACCAUUUCAGUUAACACUAAUAAGGACAGCCACACUGAGACAGAACAAGAUACCCAGGGGCAAUCCAACACAGAGGAGAGCGGUGAAACUGAGAAAUGUCCAACUGUAACACAGGCAGACGACAGGAACAACAAAGUAGUUACUGUCGAGGCGGCAGAGCAGAACAGCCCUGCUGAACCAAUUGAGGUGGAAGCAACAGAUACCUCAACCACAGACGUCUCUGCAGCUAUCGGAGGAGAGGAAGACACAGGCGCAGAGAGGUGCGUGAGGCGCAUAACUCGAGCUCUAAAGAGAGCUGUGCUGCAGCAGCAGGUGGUCGAUGUGGACAAAGCUCUGCAGAUCCUGCACCAGGAAACUCCUCCUCUGGUGGUGGACAGAGACAAAUUACAGGAGCUGCUGGAGAGAGUAGUGAUCAAGACUGAAGGGUAUGAGGUCGACAAGCUGGAGAAACUCUAUGCUCUGCUCUGCCAGAGCGUCUAUAGACACAGACGAGACUACAACAAAACUUCACUACUACAGGAGUUGAAACAAGAGAUUGAAGACUUCUGUUGACUUUUCUACAGGAAGAUAUUUUUGUAUACACAUGCUCAUAAUCCUCAGCUAUGUAAAUAUACAUUGUUUCUAUUUUCAUAGAAAUCUACAGGCACCUUUAUUUGUGUGUUAGCUACAUGUUUGUAGUACCUCUUUUGUUUAUAUUUAAUUAAAUGGGUUUCCUCUAAA